AUGUCGACCACGGGUCCCAUAAGUAAUUAUUAUGUGGACUCCUUGAUCAACCAUGAAAACGAGGAUGUCCUUGCUGCAGCUCGGUUUUCGGCUCCCGGUUCGCACCCAGUCGGCCCUCGUCCGACGUCCCUAGUACCGGAGUGCGCUGACUAUCCUUCCUGCAGCUUCGCACCCAAGCCACCCGUCUUCUCCACCUCCUGGACCCCUGUACACUCCCAGUCAUCAGUGGUUUACCAUCCAUACAGUCACCAACCUCACUUAGGCACAGACUCGAGGUAUAUGCGGUCAUGGCUGGAGCCGAUAUCAGGCGCCGUGCCUUUCCAUGGCUACCCGGGGAGCAGCAGGCACUACGGGCUGAAGCCCGACGCCUUUCAGGAGCACAGAGCCGCAGAGUGCCUCGGCUCCAGCGGCCGGACCUACACGGACUAUCUGUACUGCUCAUCCACUGACAUGCGAGACAAGACGCAGCAGAGUGUCCCCUCUCCCGAGUCGGAAGUCCUGGUUACAGGGAAACAUAAAGACGAGAAGCCGGAGCUCGAUCCAAAUAACCCUGUGGCAAAUUGGAUACACGCUCGCUCCACGAGGAAGAAGCGAUGCCCGUACACAAAGUACCAGACUCUCGAAUUGGAAAAGGAGUUUUUGUUCAAUAUGUACCUUACUAGAGACCGCCGAUUCGAGGUCGCGAGGGUCCUGAAUCUGACCGAGAGGCAGGUCAAAAUCUGGUUUCAGAACCGGCGAAUGAAGAUGAAGAAAAUGAACAAAGAAAAGACCGACAGCAAAGAACAAUAAUGUGGACUGCA